AUGCGUCUCACAUCUUUACUCCUUAUGGUUCCAUUGUGUACCAGUCAUGCCCAAGCAGGCAGUCAGCUCUGGGAAGCAUCUGCUGCUAUGACCGAAGGAAGCGAAACCGCUCUGUUGAAGAGAGCGGUUUCAAUUGUCCCCAGCGAUGACCCUUAUAACAAUGCUGGGGUACACCGUUGGCCUGAGAAAACCAUCACCUACGCAUUCAACACCAAAACAGACGAGGAAAAGCUUGAAAGAGUUUUUGAAGAUGCCAAAAAGCUCUGGAACCAACUCAAGGUCAAUGGCUUUGAUUACAAGAAGCUCGACAUAAAGAAAUGCAGUUCCCGCAGAAGCGAGUGUAUGGUCAUAUACUAUAAUGACUAUGGCAAACACAGCACAUCCCUUGGUAUUCGACCUCUCGACAGCACUUUUGAAGGCCCGUUCAUGCAUCUCUCUGACAAGUUCGGCGUUGGAAAUCUUGACUUGGUCGUAAACACAGCACACGAGCUCGGGCAUGCCUGGGGUCUAUGGCAUGAGCACCAAGCAAGAGAAUGGUGGGGCCAUAGCGACAACGAUGGGAACUGGGGCGGAUUUCUUAACGGCGAUAUCUUCAAGACUGCGGAUUACCACUGCGAGAAUCUGAAAGACUACGAAAAAGCGCUCGAGGAAAUGGCUGAGAAAGAGGGCCUGAAGUCCAAAGAGGACCUUAGUGUGUCCCAACUCGAGAUGCUAUGCAGAGACCGCGAAACGGCGGAGAAAUACGCCUUCUCUGCACUGGAGUGGAUGCCACUGCCAAAGAACGGUAUGGAUCGUGAUGAGGAGUUUGACCCAACAUCAUUAAUGCUUUACCCAAGUGGUGCUGGCGGGAAAGGGGAGGUAAUCCCUGGUGAAGAUGGGAAGGAGCCUGAAGAUAAGCGUCUUGCAGUUUUGACGUAUCCCGAUGGAAAGCGCAUGCCCAUCAAGAAGGGGCCCGCGGGGAUGGACAUUGAGAAGCUGUUGAAGCUGUAUGGGACAAACUAUAGGGGAACUAGCAUGUUGCACAACGAUGAUAGCAGUAAGUUCAAGGGAUUGCUGAAGAAGAUGCGGAGCAAGUUGUCGUUGAGGGCUGGUGAUACGGAGCAGGGCAUGUGUUGA